CUGUACUGGGGGCGGCUUCUUCGGCGGCUCUUCUGGCGGUCGUGUACGCGGAAGUGGCGGCCAUUCCUUUGUGGAGAGAGAUCUGGCAGCCGACAUGGCUACCAGAAAUUUACGCCUACUUUUUAUGCAGAUGACGUACGCUGCUUACGUGUUCGCCAACUUGACGUGUCCCCUGAGCGCCGAGAGCGCCGGAUUGACCGACAGCAGUACGGCCCUUUGUUUUCCGGUUCGACGCGGAGCGCUGAUCACGACACCUUUCGACUCUGACGGCACCUGCCCGACUCUUCGCUUCUCGGAUCUACAAGGAACACUGGACGCCACAGCGACACCUGUGGUUGAACAACUCGUCUGCUGGCAACAGGGGUCAUCCCCGGACAGAAAACUACAUAAGCAGCUGCCUCGCCACGCCACUCUGGGAUCUGGCGCCGACAUGGCUACCAGAAAUUUACGCCUACUUUUUAUGCAGGGGAUCCAGAACCGAGCCUGGACAACACGGAAGCAUCGAACUUUUCAAGCACCAGCGGCAAGGAAGAAGCGCCAGAUAGUCGCAGAAGCGAAUGACAUAUCGAAUAAACUGAAUGUUCUCGGAUCCUUAAGACAGACGGGGAAAACUGGCAUGCAAAAGACCAGUAGACAUGGAAAAGGCAUGGUGCUCCUAGUUGUCCAAUCCUUGCGCUAUCGGGUAUUUCUCGAGACACCCCACCAUCCCCGUUGAGAUGAGCGUAUUAUGAAGUGUGAUGUGCGUGCGAUGAAUCAUGCUAGUGGGAAAUAUAUAUCCAUAUUUACAUUGAUGAUUUCCAGCUUGCGAAUCGCACCGCUCC